AUGAGUUCUAUGGAGCCUGAUGAAUUGUCAUUCAAGAUGCAAACUUCGGAUCUGGACGCGCUUAUCCAGGCGGACCAUAUGAGCGAGGCCGCCCUCUCUGCCGUUGACAGCCCCGAGAGGUGGAAAGAGGCCGUUGCGCUACUUCGAACAUCUAAAACUCGGCUCGAGGAUAUCUCUCGGGUAUUCAGUCAUCGCGAGGCCCACUUGGUCGCUAAGCUCAACGAGCGGGCGAAUCGGACGUUACCUAUCUUCCGCCUGGACUACGACGUCCUUCACCUCAUCUUCACCCUAGUCGCCGCCGUUGACCGUCAGUCGAAACGGAGCGAACGGGGGAAGUGGCUUCAACUGGGCCAUGUUUGCAAACAUUGGUGGGCUGUGCUGCACGAUAUGGCGUCCCUCUGGGCCCACGAUGUCUUCGCUGUCUUCAACGGAAGACGCGGGUUCAAGGACGUCUUCACUCUCGCCCGCGAUAGCCCGCUUGAUCUUGUACCUCCGGCGCGGAUCAAUCGUUUCGCCUCAACCAUUCCGUCUGUGUUCAGACCUACUCGUCUGCUAGAACACUUCCUCCCUCUUCUUGGGCGUGCGCGAUUGUUCGAUAGCAUGAUAGACUAUCUGGAUGACUGGGUUUCCAUGUCCAAAGUUCUAUCUUCCUCUCCUCUUCCCCACCUCGAAGAGCUUGUCCUUCAAUGGCAAUCUCAUCUGCGGGCGCCAAUAUCUGAGAUACGCGUUCAACUAGGGGAUCACCCUAAGCUUCGCUUCCUGAAGACCUACGGGUACAUCGCCAGACCACACCCCGGAAACAGCCUCACGUCAUUGGACAUGUCUCUGCUCGUUCACAGGGCAACAGGCAUGCCCAGCCAGGCAGAGCUCUCCGACUUGCUCCUCUCUAUGGGGAAGUUGAAACAUUUGAAGUUGGGAUAUUGGUGUCCAACAUUCCGCUACGACCCUGCAUGCCUCAUCAAGUUCCCCGAACUGCAGACUCUGGUUAUAACCGAUGAAAGCAGUGUCGAGAGCAGUGUUAAUCUGCUACGAUGUCUUCGUCUACCGGCCGUCGUCCAAUGUUUCAUUGACGUCACAGCUAUGGGGAAUCACGUUGACGAACAAUAUAUCGCGGACAGUGCCACAGUGCAGUCCAUGUUCGAUUGCCUGGGAACCUCCCUCGCGGGCUCGCCGGCCAUCUCGCACAGAAGCCACUUAUAUGUCCAUCACUCGGAGACUCAGACCCUCCAAUCUCUCGCGAAGCUCUCGAUCAGAUGGAGUGCGGUAUACGUACCAAAGAACAACGUCUGGCGAUGGCCGUUCGAGAAACCCGUUCCCGAGUUGUGCCUCAGCAUUAUGACUGCAAGGACGGAUGCGGCCGAUAUACCGGGGAUCGUCUCUCGUCACGUCAAAUCUGCUGGCGCCAUACAUGAUCUGGCCUUCAUAGACUGGCAAGAGAUGUUGACGUAUCAGGUGCAGGAGAGCACCUAUAGCUAUCUGCGAACCGCGUUGGCUCCCUUCAAGCACGCUCAGUCUCUUCAAGUUUGCGAUGCGCAAGUGGGCUCCAUGACUCUACGCAGUGCACUUCAUGCACUGGUACAGUCAGAGGCUGAGCAGUCAUCGGAACCCCUGCUCGAUUCAAUACGCCGCGUACGCUUGUCGGCGACGAAGGACUGGAACUCCUUGCAUAAGUUGCUCUCGUUCAAUCGCGUCGGUGACCGGCCAAGGCAAGGCCGGCUCCUGGCUGAGUUCAUCCGGAAGCGUGCAGCACGGGGCAAGCCUAUCGAGGCGCUUGAGCUGCGUCUGACGAACGCUCACAAGUCCCAGUAUACGGAGGAUGGGCAUCGCGCAAUGGAAGGAGAGUCUCUAUUGGCGAGACACAAGGAAGCCAUACUACACUUUGCGAAGGAAGUGGGAGCCCGGGCCGAGUUCGUUCGUGUGGAAGUUGAGGAUACAGGAGAGGUGGAUAUUGACUAUCCUAUCUGGAAGACCCAUCAGUAUAUCGAUGUCCUACUCACGUACGAUAUCACGUCUGCUUAA